AUGGGUGAUCUCGACUCUCUACGUGGUCAGAUAGAGAUCGAUGAGAUCCCGACCAGAGACUUCCGUGCUGACUUGGCGAGUGCUAUUAGGCAGAAUAGGAGCACCAAUGAUGUCAAGGAAAUCCUCCAGGAAUGGUCGUUGACAAGUUCAACUCUAUCAGCAAUAGGGGACGGGCUGGGCUUACCCCGUGAUAUUUCCAACACGGGUGGCACCCUCGACCUCAACACUGAAGAUGCUUCCACUGGUCUGACUGCCAUUCAAGAGGCUGCGGCAAUGGGGCAGCGAGAUACGGUUCGAUUGCUUUUGGAGUAUCCUGGCGUUGAUAUCGAUGCUCGGACGGCGAGCGGGGAGACAGCUGCGUACAUGGUCAUACCACACCGUUGUGACAUCCUACCACUACUUGUUGAUGCUGGUGCUAGUCCAGUUGAGGGUUGGAGGUGGCGGAGGUCCCCUCUAGAGAAAGCAGUGGGGCAUGGCGCCUUAGACUGCCUGCAGCUGCUCUUACGAAAGAGUACACAGUUCAUUAACAAUGCUGACGAGUUGGCUGAGAUGAUCUGGGAGCCCGAGAUUGGGUCAACUCUGUCUCACGACGGGUACGUGGAAUUCAAAGUGAAUGUGAUGCGGAAAGCUAGCGGGCCGAGUACUAUAGAAGGCGAGAAGCGUGAGUUGUGCUCGACCAUCCAGGAAGUGUUUUGA